CAACACUGUGCUGCGUUCUUUUCACUACGUCUGUACAAUGUAAAACAGCAAUUGCAUUUUUAUAGCAUUUAACGCGACGCAAACCAUUAUUAAUAACUAUUUCAAGUGCAAGCGGAUAGUAAAUCAACAUCUUUACCCAUGUUAACCGAAGCCCCAAUGGCCAGUGACAAAAUCAUGGACGAACUAGCAUCAUUGAUACGCACCGAAAUUCCCGAUGGCCGCCAAAGUCUGCGCGAUAGCUAUACGAACUUGGAGCGUGUCGCGGACUACUGCGAGGACACCUAUUAUCGGGCGGACAACAAGAAGGCGGCCCUCGAGGCGACCAAGAACUACACGACGCAAUCCUUGGCCAGCGUAGCGUAUCAGAUCAAUACUCUCGCCUAUAGCUACAUGCAGCUGUUGGAUCUGCAGGCGCAGCAGCUCAGCGAGAUGGAAUCCCAGAUGAACCACAUUGCGCAGACGGUGCACAUACACAAGGAGAAGGUGGCCAGGCGGGAGAUUGGCGUGCUGACUGCCAACAAGGUGAGCUCGCGUCAGUUCAAGAUUGUGGCGCCCAUCAAUCCCGAGAAGCCCAUCAAGUAUGUGCGCAAACCCAUCGACUAUUCCAUACUGGACGAGAUCGGACAUGGCAUCAACUCGGCUCAAUCCAAUCAACAUGUGCGUCAAAAGCAUCGUGGCUCGAGUCACGGUUCAGUGCAAUCGCUGGUGCCGUCAUCGGUGGGUCCGCCUCCCACCACGAAGCCGCCAACGCCGCCGCAAAUGUCGCGUGCCGGCAACACGGGCACACUGGGCAAAUCGGUCAGCAAUACGGGCACACUGGGCAAGAGUUCGCGGGAGUAUCGCACGCCACCGGUGGUUAAUCCACCGCAAGUGCCUUCGCACUAUGCGCCCAACUAUCCCAUUGGGCAUCCCAAGCGCAUGUCGACGGCUUCAUCGACCACCACAACCACGACAACUGGUGGCGGAGCAGCGGGCAAUGAGCGUGCAGCCGGUUAUAGUGCGUUGCCGAUGCCACCGAGUCAGCAGAUUGCGACGCAUGUGAAUCUGCCGUCGGCUGGAAUGAUGCAAUCGCUGCCACCGCCGCCGCCCACAACUUACGACGACAGGAGCAGCAUGCCACCAGCGCCUCCCUCGCCGCUGACAGUGUCGCAGCACGAGAUGACGGAGCAGAGUCACAUUGGCAUGCACACGCUGGGACGCAACAUCAACAGGAAUCCCAAUAGAAAUCAUUUCAGCUUGAACUUUGCACGUCCUGGUUCGCAAUCGCCACCGCUGCCACCACCGCCGCCGCCAGAGGAUGAGCACCAGGACUUUGGACGUCCUCGAACCUCAACUGGACCGCAGCUGGCGCCCAUUGUGCCCGAGGAUCAGAACUUGCCUGGCUGGGUGCCCAAGAACUACAUCGAAAAGGUGGUGGCCAUUUAUGACUACUAUGCCGAUAAGGACGAUGAGCUGAGCUUCCAGGAGAGCUCGGUGCUCUAUGUGCUCAAGAAGAACGACGAUGGCUGGUGGGAGGGCGUCAUGGAUGGCGUCACUGGGCUUUUCCCCGGCAACUAUGUGGAGCCCUGCGUCUAAGCAAAUGGAAUAAAUAUUAAACAAUAAGACGACGACGACGAUGAAAAGCAACAGCAAAAGCAAACAACGCAAUUUGAGCAUAUUGAUAAACUAAAAGCCACAGCCACGCUCGAGAAAGUAUUCCAUAUAUAAAAAAAAAAAUAGCAUAUAUAUAUAGUUGAAUCAAAAAACAACA